AUGUGCGUCAACAUAAAGUCCAAGUCGGUCGUCGGGGCAGCCGAUAGUGACAACAAGGGCAUGUCGGCCCUUCGCAGCGAUCUCCACCACGUCCCUCGCGAAAAGCCGCCGUUCACCCUCGGUGACCUGAAGAGAGCCAUUCCUCCCCACUGCUUCCGCCACUCCCUCCUCCGGCCGAUGGCCCGGCGCCUUGCCGCUUGGCCAUCCUACUUCUUCCUCCAGGGUUGCCUCCUCAUCGGCGUCCGGGUCAUUGCCCCCGAGUGUGGCCACGGAGCCUUCGGUGACCAUCGCCUUGUGAACGACGCCGUCGGGUUCCUCCUCCACAUGGCCCUCCUCGUUCCGUACUUCUCCCGGAAGGAUAGCCACUGCCGCCACCAUGCCAACACCAGCUCGCUUGAUCGCGACGAGGUGUUUGCGCCCUGCCCCAAAGAGAAGGUACGGUGGUACUAUAGGUGGUUCAACAACCCGCCCGCCCGGGUCUUCACUAUUGUGGCCGUGUUGCUCGCCGAUUGGCCCUUUUAUGUGAGCGUGAACGCAUCAGGCCGGCUGUAUGACCGGUUCGCCAGCCACUUCAACUCGUUCUGCGAGAUAUUCUCCGACGGGGAGAGGGUCCAUGUCCCGGUCUCAGACUUGGCGGUGAUGGUCGCCACCUACGCAUCCCCUACAACGUCGCGGCGAAAGGGGUAUUAUGGCUAAUGUGUAUGUACGGAGG